AUGGGUUUAGGCACCUGUGGCCUUUAUGUCCCUUUUGGAAAGAAAAAGACCAGUGUAGGUCAUGAGCAUUUGAGCCCCAAUCCUCGGAAAUAUGUUUCUGAUAGUUUUGAGUCUUCUCCUUCUCAUUCAAAUACUAAUAUGUUGUGUUCUAAAUCCCCAAGUGACAGAAAUUUGGUCACUGAGAAGGAGUUUUGUCAUCGAAGAAGUUCUUCAGUAGGUAACAUACAUAAACCCCCUCGAAAUAUUUUGACCUCGGGGAGGUCAUCUGAUGCAAGUCAAGCUGUAAAGUGGGCAAGUCAAGCUGACAGAGAUUUGGUCACCGAGAAGAAGUUUCAUCACCAAAGAAGUUUUUCACAAGGUAACUGUUAUGAAAACCCUCAAAAUAAUUUAGUCCCGAGAAGGGCAUCUGAUGCAAAUCAAGCUGCGAAGCAGUGUUUAAGUUCUACCAGAUGUCAGUAUUACGGCCAUGGAAAUAUCAUAAAGGGGUUAAAUAGCGUAACAAAACCCCAAGACCCUGAAAGUGUGGAAGAGAUCAACAAUUUGGGCAACAUGAAAUAUAGAAAUGGGUACUUUAAGGAGGCAAUAUCCUUAUAUGAUAAGGCCAUUGCCUUGUGCCCUCAAAAUGCUGCUUUCCAUUCCAAUAAGGCUGCAGCAUUUAUCAGCCUUGGUAGAUUAACUGAAGCUGUGGAAGAGUGCCUAAAGGCAAUCAAAUGUGAACCAUCGUGUUCUCGAGCCCAUUAUAGGCUUGGAACUCUUUAUACUAGGUUUGGUCAAGUUGAUAAUGCAAGUUGGCAUUUCGAGUUAUCUGGGAAGAAUAUUGGCUCAGAAAUUAGGCAGCGUCUAUCACGUAUUGAAGCUCACUACGUAAAUACUAACAAGGCCAAGAAGGUUAAAGAUUGGGAUGGGGUUUUGAGAGAAAGCACUUUAUGUAUUGAAGCUGGAGUAGAUGCAUCAAACCAGUUGGUUGCUUUAAAAGCUGAGGCUCUAUUUAAGCUUCGAAGGGUAGAUGAAGCUUUUGAAUUAGUAAAUGCUGCAAGUCAUUCAGAAGAAAGUAGAGUCACAAAACCUUGCAAGGGGACAGCAUGCUUGCUGAUAAUUGAAACUAAACUCAAUCUGUAUCUUGGAAGGUUUGAGAAAGGAUUUAAGUCUGCAGAAAGAGCUGUGGACAUGGAUUCAACCCGGAAGUCUUUAAAUUGGCUGAAGAAAGCUAGGGGUGCCGCAGAUGCCAGGAAAUGUGGAAAUUCUUUCUACAAGGAUCAAAAAUACUUGGAGGCAUGCACAAUGUUUGGCCAUGGUCUGCAGUAUGUUCCUACAAACAAUGUCUUACUUUGUGAUCGAGCCGCUUGCAGGUCUAAGCUUGGACAGUGGGAAAUGGCCAUUGACGAUUGCAAUGCAGCUCUAAGAGAACGGCCUAAUUUCCACAAAGCUCUUCUAUGGCGCGCUCACUCUUAUGCUAAACUUAGAAGAUGGGAGGAUUCUUUAAAGGACUAUUCUGCAUUGAGCAAGGAGUUUCCUGGAGAUGAAUUUAUUGCCAGUUCUCUUGAUCAAGUACAAAUGGAAUUGAAGGCUCAAACUGGUAGAUUCUCAAGCCUUGAGCCAAUAGUGGAAACAAAUGGAAUUGAAGGCUCAAGCUGGUAGUUUCUCAAGGCUCAAGCCGGUAGAUUCUCAAGCCUCAGGCCAAUUGAGGAAACAUAUAUCUAUUAGUUAAUUUUUCCAGCUUAUUAAUCCAUUCUUCUUAAGCUUGAGCUUUUGCAAAGCAUAGAUUAGGAUAUAUAUAUAUAUAUAUAUAUAUAUAUAUAUAACUUUCAAAUCAGUUCAUCAAUGGGGAUUACCACUU